AUAAUCAAGAAGCAACUACCCCAUUAACGGUUGGUUGGAUUGAGAGAUGCAUCUCCACCGAACAAAUCGCCAUUAUCAAUUCUUCAAGCAAACGAAGACGUCAAUUCGAUUUCUACCCACUCACUCACUCACUCCUGCUUUUGUUUUCCUACAUUGUGUGUUUCAGAUCUCUGCAUUCAAUCUCCCAAUUUUCUACUUUCUAGGGCUCUGCAUUUCUCCUUUCACUCGCUCUCCACUGAUUCAGCUCCGUGCAUUCACUUGAUCGAUGCGAUUGCUGUGAUUUGGUGCCUUGUUGUUUGAUUCACCGAUUCCUCAAAUGGCGGUGGAUCCUGGCCCUGUGACUCCUGGACAGGUGUCGUUUCUGCUUGGUGUAAUUCCAGUUAUUAUCACAUGGAUAUAUUCUGAGUGGUUGGAGUAUAGGAAAUCAUCCUCCCUUUCUAAAGUUCAUUCAGAUAAUAACCUGACUGAACUGGAAAGUGAAGCUAUCAAAGAAGAUGAACGAGCAGUUUUAUUGGAAGGAGGUCUUGCUAAAUCGGCCUCUACAAAAUCAUCCAGUUCAUCUAUAAAGACUAACAUAAUUAGGUUUUUAACCAUGGACGACGCGUUUUUACUUGAAAAUCGACUACUUUUAAGGGCAAUGGCUGAGUUUGGGGGAAUCCUGUUCUACUUCUAUGUAUGUGACCGGACAGAUAUAUUUUCAGAUUCUACCAAGAACUACAACCGCGAUCUGUUUAUUUUUCUGUAUAUACUUCUCAUCAUAACUUCAGCAAUGACUUCUCUUAAGAAGCACCACGAUAAAUCUGCAUUUUCUGGAAAAGCAAUUCUAUACCUUAAUCGCCAUCAGACUGAGGAAUGGAAAGGAUGGAUGCAGGUGCUCUUUUUGAUGUAUCAUUACUUUGCCGCAGCAGAGAUAUACAAUGCAAUUCGUAUGUUUAUUGCUGCAUAUGUUUGGAUGACUGGCUUCGGAAACUUCUCCUAUUAUUAUAUUCGCAAAGAUUUUAGUGUUGCUCGAUUUGCUCAGAUGAUGUGGAGGCUCAACUUUUUUGUGUCAUUUUGUUGUAUUGUUCUUAAUAACGACUAUAUGCUGUACUACAUCUGCCCAAUGCAUACCCUUUUCACUCUAAUGGUGUACGGGGCUCUUGGCAUUGGUCACAAGUAUAAUGAUAUAAGAUCAGUCAUGGCUUUGAAGUUCUUGGUGUGCUUUCUCAUAGUUAUCUUUGUAUGGGAAGUUCCUGGUGUUUUUGAAGUUAUAUGGAGUCCUUUCACUUUCCUUUUAGGGUAUAGUGAUCCUGCAAAACUAGAACUUCCUCGACUUCAUGAGUGGCAUUUUAGGUCUGGUCUUGAUCGUUAUAUUUGGAUCAUCGGAAUGAUUUAUGCCUAUUUUCACCCAAAUGUUGAAAAGUUGAUGGAGAAAUUGGAGGAAUCUGAGGCCAAGAGAAGACGUGCCAUCAAGACGUCCAUUGUUACUGUUACCUUAAUUGUUGGCUACCUUUGGUACGAAAACAUUUACAAGCUAGACAAAAUUGCAUACAACAAGUUGCAUCCUUACACAUCAUGGAUUCCCAUAAGUGUCUACAUUUGUUUGCGAAAUUUCAGCCAGCACCUUCGGAACUUUUCCUUGACACUUUUUGCGUGGCUCGGGAAAAUAACUUUGGAGACCUAUAUUUCCCAGUUCCACAUCUGGCUUAGAUCUAAUACGCCCAAUGGACAGCCUAAAUGGCUGCUAUCCUUCAUUCCAGAUUAUCCCAUGCUCAACUUCAUGCUGACAACUGCCAUUUAUAUCUUGAUAUCUUGUCGGCUUUUUGAGCUCACCAAUACGCUCAAGUCAGCUUUUAUUCCCACAAGAGAUGAUAAGAAACUGCUGUACAACUUUUUUACAGCGGCUGUCAUCUCCAUGUGUUUGUAUUCCAUUUCGUUCAUCCUGGUUCAGAUUUCUCGUUAGUCUGAUUUGGUGCAGAUUUCUACAUAAACAAGCUAAGAAGGCAUAGUAGAAGGCUCAGCUCGGCUUGGCUCGACUCAACUUGUAGAAAAGGAAAAGUAGGGACCUCAUAGCUCUUAUCUUGGGGAUGAGGCGAUGGUUCAGUACCAGCAAUUUUGUGAAAAUGAUGGGAAUUCAAUGCUAUUUACAUGUUAAAUGAGGAAAAAAAAACAUGGAAAGUGUAAUUCAAUAAUCAAUGUAUAUUUUUAUUUGCACAAAAUACACAUGAAAAAAUAUAAUCAAUGUUGAUGUUUCCUUGCAA